UUUAAAAUCACCAAACCAGUGCCAAGUCUCUCGAAGUGGAAGGGGCGAGAUCAGUUUCACGUGAAUGGCUGCUGUCCUCUCCCUCCGCACUAUCUCCCAACUUCAUCCCAACCUCUCUUCCCGGAGGGUUACCAUAAAGCCCAGGGCAGCCCUCCAUGGAGCCCGCAGAAUGCGAGUCCCUUACCAGCUCAAACAGGAACAAUCCCGUCUUUUCCACCGGCUCCCCUCCGGCCUGAACAUGGAGGUAAUCGUGCACAAAAGAGUUGCAGAAAAGCAAUCAGACGAGGAAAAAGAGAGACCAAGUGAAAACCCACCUCUAGUUUUCGUCCAUGGAAGCUACCACGCUGCUUGGUGCUGGGCUGAGCACUGGCUCCCUUUCUUUUCGGCUUCUGGGUAUGAUUGCUAUGCAGUUAGCUUGUUGGGUCAGGGUGAAAGUGAUGCACCCAGCGCUUCUGUUUCUGGUACUCUCCAGACGCAUGCAAGUGAUGUUGCUGAUUUCAUCUGCAAGAAACUCACGCUUCCACCAGUAUUGAUUGGACACUCUUUUGGAGGGCUUAUUAUUCAAUACUAUAUUGCAAACGCUAAAACUAACCAGAUUUCAGACAAGAGAGAUUUGUUCCCUAAGCUUACUGGUGCUGUGCUUGUCUGCUCCGUACCUCCUUCGGGUAAUAGUGGCUUAGUGUGGCGUUAUCUCUUCACCAAACCUAUUGCUGCUUUUAAGGUUACACGCAGCUUGGCAGCUAAAGGGUUUCAAACAUCUCUUUCUCUUUGUAAGGAGACAUUUUUUUCUGCAACAAUGGAGGAUCACCUCGUUUUACGCUAUCAAGAGCUAAUGAAGGAAAGUUCAAGAAUGCCAUUGUUUGAUCUGCGGAAGCUCAAUGCAUCGCUGCCAGUUCCUUCAGUGCCAAAAUCAGCUAUUGAACUCCUCGUGUUGGGUGCAAAUGAUGAUUUCAUUGUGGAUGCUGAAGGCCUCAACGAGACAGGCAGGUUUUAUGGUGUCUCUCCUAUCUGUGUUAAAGGGGUUGCCCAUGACAUGAUGUUGGAUUGUUUACGGGAGAAGGGUGCAAAAGCUAUCCUAUCAUGGCUCGAAGAUUUGAAGAGAGAGCAACUUAGAUGAUUACGAAGUCCACCCUUCCAGGGGGUGAGAAGACUGACAGAGGCAUUUCAACCUCCUUUAGCCACCAUCGUAUGAUUCAACAGCGUUAGGAGUCGAACCCAAGGUGUGCCGAGUGGAAUACAGGCCUGAAAUUUGCUCCCAACUACUGGUGGGUUGUAAAAGGUGUGGGUUGUAAAAGGUUUAAUGUUAGAAGCUCAUAAAUGAUGAGUUUGACCCUUAUUUAUUUUUCCACCUCGUAAUAUAAAUAUAUUGAUGUAUAAAAAAUUGAUCUUAUUUAUAAAAACUACUAAAAUUGAUAUAUUGUUUAUUCGUAUAUUUUUACUAUAUUUCAUGGCACACUAGCACAGGCAUUCUCAUGACAGUGCUAAUAUUACAUAUUACAUACGCUUAUUGUAAAAAAAA